UUCUCAGUUCUCUCAAGCUCUCUGUGUUCUCUGUGUUCUCUCAAGCUCUCUCGGCGCUCAAGCUCUCUCGGCUCUCUCAGCUUACACUGGCUCUCUCUCUCUCUCACAACUUCUUCACUGUUCUCUCUCACGCCUAGCAUUCUCUCACAAAGGUUCAAAUAUGUCAGAAAAAAGGACUAUUGAUGAUGUGGUUAAGAAAGAUAGAGAAUAUUGGACAGCUGUUAUGGAUGAUGCACUUAUUGAUGCACUCUUGCAUCAACAUCAUCUAGGUAACAGAAAUGGUUCAGUCUUCACCACACAUGCCUAUGACAAUAUUGUGAAGGAAUUGCGAGAAAAAUUUGAAAAACCAAUAGACAAGCAAAAGGUGAAAAAUCGCAUUAAAACCAUUAAGUAUAAUUGGUCAGACUGUUAUGAUGUAUUUAAGAAUGGAUUGAGUGGUUUUGCUUGGAGUCCAAUCACCAAAAUGUGGAGUGCUGAACCGGAAGUUUGGGAAAGUCUAAUCCAGGCUAAACCUAAAGCAAAAGAGCUUAAGAACAAACCAAUUCCAAACUACGACAAAUUGGUUGAGCUUUAUGGAAAAGAUAGAGCAACUGGGGAACAAUCUGAAACUGCAUCAGAGAUGAGGCAACGGUGGGCUACUUCAACUGGAGAGGGCUCUAUGGAGAACAUUGAAGAUAUUGAUCAUUUAGUUGCUCAAAAUGAAGUUACUUUGGAGAGCUGUGAUAAUGUGGGUGAUAAUAAUGCGGGUGAAGCCUCCUCAAAAGCCAAAAACAGAAAAACAUCAAAAAAUGAGGACAUGGAACAAAUUAUGGGAGCAAUUCAGGAUGUUGCUUUAGCAAUGAGAGAAGGAAAUUCAGCACUUAGAGAUGGAAAUUUAAUUUUUGAGAGGAGCUUGGCACGUCUUCCCAUUCCUGAGCAAGACGUGUUCCAUCUCUUGGAUGAGAUAGGAAUUGAUUCUAGAUUGCGAAUGAGGGCUUAUCUCUAUCUUAUUAAAAAUCCAGAUAUGUUGAGAGCUUUUAUUGGCUAUCCAGUGGAGGAGUGCAAGGAGCUAUUGUUCACAAUGAUGUCUAGUCCUUAAAUUUCUCUAACAGUUAGGCAAGUAAUGUUCCAAGACAAUUUUAGCUUCUAAAAACCUUUUCAAUUGACCAUUAAACUGUAAACUCUUGGGAUUAAUUUCUCUUUGACACUAGCUUGUGUUUAUUUUUAGUUUUUCUUUCUAAAAUAAGUAUGUUGACAAUUAUA